GCAAAAACCGCGGUACUCCUGCGUACAUGCAUGGUAAAUGGUGUAAAAGUAAUUGUGACGGAAAUCACCUUUUCUAUUUCUAAACGUGCUUAAUAUCUGCUCCCGUCGUAGUUUCGCAGAAUAUUUCCCAAGUACUAAUCAGGGAUCAUGAGCUCAAUGGAAUGCCCAGUUUGUGGAAAGACUUUUGAAUCAAGUUUAAUUCAAAAUCAUGUGAACAAAUGCAUCUUUUUGAACCUUGAAGAUGGAGAGGAAAAGUCACCCAAGCGGACAGUCAACCAACGCGGGGAUAGCGAGUCUGCGCCGAAGAAAAUGAAAUUAGAUACACUUAAUAGCCCUCCAACUCCAAAAGUUAUUCCCUCUAACAGCUCAGCAAGCUCAAGCAGUCUGAAAAAACCUGACAUCAAGAGCCCUUUGGCAGAAAUUUUACGCCCUGUUUCAUUUGAAGAAUAUGUGGGACAAGAACAUGUUCUAGGAGAAGAUAAAAUGCUGCGAUUACUCAUGAAUCAAAAUGAGAUACCCAGUUUAAUUCUUUGGGGUCCUCCUGGUUGCGGAAAGACAUCUCUCGCUCAUGUUAUUAAUAAAACAUGCAUUGCCUCAGGCCAGAACUUUAGAUUUGUCAAGCUGUCAGCAACCAUGGCUGGUAUAAAUGAUGUAAAGGAAGUGGCAAAGGUCGCCAAGAAUGAAUGGACCAAUUUCAAAAGAAAAACAAUUUUGUUCAUGGAUGAAAUUCAUAGAUUCAACAAAUUGCAACAGGACAUUUUUCUGCCACAUGUGGAAAAUGGAACGAUCACAUUGAUUGGAGCAACAACAGAAAAUCCUUCGUUCAGUCUCAAUUCAGCUUUAUUGAGCCGAUGCCGUGUGAUCGUCCUGGAGAAAUUAUCAACCAAUGUUCUCAUGACCCUUUUGAGAAAAGGAAUCAACCGUCUCGGUAUUGAAAUGAUUACGAAUCCAAGCCAUCAAACAAUUGGCAGGAGUCAAAUUGAGGAAUCGACUCUAGAAUGGUUAGCGGAAAUGUCUGACGGAGAUGCAAGGAUUGCUUUAAAUAGUUUGCAAAUAGUACAUCAGUCUAAACCGGCUUCCUUUCUUUCACUGGAGGAUGUGAAAAAUGGUGUAAAAAAAUCCCAUCUACUGUAUGACAAAAAAGGUGACGAGCACUAUACUAUUAUCUCAGCUCUUCACAAGUCGAUCAGAGCAUCAGAUGAUAAUGCCUCUCUCUACUGGUUAGCUCGAAUGUUGGAAGGUGGCGAAGAUCCAAUGUAUGUUGCUCGGAGAUUAGUGCGAGCAGCAUCUGAGGAUAUAGGUCUAGCUGAUUCAAAUGCUUUAGUUUUGGCAGUAUCUGCCUUGCACGGUUGUGAAAAAAUUGGAAUGCCUGAAUGCAAUGUACUGUUAGCCCAGGUGGCUGUCUAUUUAGCAAGAGCUCCCAAAUCCAGAGAAAUAGAUGAUGCUUAUUCUAAUGCAAAAAAAUCUAUUGUCAGUUGCAAAGGAGCUUUACCUCCAGUGCCUUUGGCCCUUCGCAAUCGAGUCUCAAAGCUGACAAGAGAUUUGAAUUGGGGGAAAGGAUACAACAUGAAGCACAAAGAUGAGUCUGGUUUGGAGUACAUGCCUGAAGGAAUGGAAGGAAUUAAUUUCUUCUCAGAGCCAGGGAACGACAGUGACAGCUCAUAAUGCGGGGAGCAAACACUAUCGAGACCAUGAUUACCAGUCCUAAGAAUGUUUUGAUGAAACAUUCAUUCUCACUUUUCAGUACACUUCAUCUUUCUCCAUUAAUAAGAAAAUGCAGAUUUUGCUUCUGUCAAUAUUUCACCCAUUACGAAUGAAUGGGUCAGUAAGUCUUACGAUAGAAUGGCACUUUGAUACAAGUGUAGCAAAAUGUAAGAACACCCGUGCAAAAGUGUCUUAACUUCUUUACAAGAUACUGUCUUUUUAUCUCUCUUUUAUAAUCCUUUUUGUUUACCUUUCUUGUUUGUUUCUUUGAUAACAUAAUCAUGAAAAAAUAUAUCAUAGGUUGAUGAAUCAUAAAAUGUUUUUGUUUAUAAUCAGAUAUUAGUUAUUUUCUUCCGGAAAAUAUAUUUGUUUAUCAACAUCAUUGUUUUUGUGCCAUAGUUAAUCAAAGAGGUACAUAGGUAUCUAUCCUUGUUACUUAUUGUUUUUUUACGUUAUCAAUUUUUAAGUGUAUUUUUAAGAGAUACUUUGGUUUAUUACUUUUUCCUUUUUUCGUUUGGCAAAAUUCAAGAAGUAUUUGUAAACUUCGACCCGCAAGUCACAAAUGAGGUCUCUUUCAUAAUAGACCACUAGACAGGGUUCUUAUUGAAGUAUUACAUUAUAUGUUUCAUCAUCAAAAUUUCAUGUAGAACAUGAUUAGUGCAACGACAAUGAUGAAAGUAACUCCAAGCCAAAACAGCAACGUUUUUUGAUGCAUAAAUUCAGACUUUCUACUCAUGAAAAAACCAUAAUCUAUUUGAGUGGAAUCACCCUUAACACUAUGUUGUUACAGUCUUCGUGGUAUGUAAAUAUGACAAACUCAUCUCUGCGCUUCGGCUCAGCUGUUUCACAUUUACGCUUUGGACUACAUAAGGCAGGAAAAGAACACUGCUUGAUUAAGGAGCUUGCCAAAACCAUUAUAGGGCACGAUUUGAUUCAUGUAGACUUCGGUUUUUCUUGCUAGUGGGAAAUUCAAAUUUUUAGUAACCAGUGCCAAAUGAAAAUGUUAAUAUCUUGGUUAGGAGGUGAUUUCAGUAAUAUUGUUGCGCAAAUUGUAUUUUUUGAGACAUUUUGAAGAGGAAAUAAAUACAGUGAGACCUCGAUUUAUCGGAUUUCACAGGACUGGAGGCCGAAUCCGUUAAAUCGCGGAAUCCGCUGAAUCGCGCUAGUCGGUCCCGCUGAAGGGAUUGAAGGAUCGAUCCGUUAAAUCGCGGAAUCCUUUAAAUCGCGAUCCGAUAAUUCAAGGUUUUACUGUAUUAGAAUGCUUCAAUUCGAUCCAUAUCAAGUGGUCCAUUACUUCCCCACAACUUGUGACACUGAGGAGGUUUUGCUUGAGAAUAAUUAAAAAUGGCACCGUUACCUAUCUCUGUGAAUCUCAGGGAUUGUCCUGAAAUGACCAGUUUGUUUUUGCCCUCCCCUCCAGUUUCUUUUGAUGUGAUAGUCACUGUUAUUUCGUAAUUUAAAUACUUUCAGUACCUUGUUUUUAUUCCUAUUAGGCUUACAAGUUAGCUCCUAGCUUUUGUAUGAACCUACAUUUUGUAUUAUGUAUAAAUAAAACUUAUUUAUUUUAAUAA